AUGCUUGCGUAUACCUUUCCUUCUUUCAAUUUCUACGUCAAUGGGUUUUUUUCCUUCCUUUUCCUUUUCCUUUUCCUUUUCCCCUCUUUACUACGUUUCUAUGUUAUUUUGUGCCGCCCCCUGCAAGUUGCAACAUAUCCCCUUAACAGAUGCCAGCAAUAUUCUAGUCUUGCUAUUUUUACCGCCUCUGGCUUUUGGCUUCUAGUCCUUGUCCCAAGAGCCAAGGGCCCGUCAACACGUCGUCAUUGCUACCGCCAGCUGGCACCCACACAUCACCGACCCUUUUUUUCCAUUUUCGGCUGGGCCGUUAGUGGGAUCCGCCCGCUCCCGGAGAUUUUCACUUGGAUUUGCGCGUCCCCUUUUUUUCUUCAUUCUCUGACUCCCCCUACCUUCUCCCACUUUUCUGUGUAUCAAGAGGAAAAGAAGGAGAAAAGGAGAACUCCGAAAAAUACCGAACAAGAGGGUAACAGAAUGUGCAUUUGGAUGAGCGGGUAA